AUGGCGCUCUAUGUGGUGUUUGUGGAGCUCCGUGGGGUGUUCGUGGAGCUCAAUGGAUGGAAGGACAAGAAGGGACCGCUGCUGGAGGGGGCCCCGCUGCGGCUCAAGCCGCGCAGCGUCCACGAGCUCUCCGUGGAGCAGCAGCUCUACUACAAGGAGAUCACGGAGGCCUGCGUGGGCUCCUGCGAGGCCAAGCGGGCCGAGGCCCUGCAGAGCAUCGCCACCGACCCCGGCCUCUACCAGAUGCUGCCACGUUUCAGCACCUUCAUCUCCGAGGGGGUGCGCGUGAACGUGGUGCAGAACAACCUGGCGCUGCUCAUCUACCUCAUGCGCAUGGUGAAGGCCCUCAUGGACAACCCCACGCUCUACCUGGAGAAAUACGUGAGCGCGUCCCCCACCCCCGUGAGCCGGCAGCUCUGCCUGCGGCCCGACGUGGACAACCACUGGGCCCUGCGCGACUUCGCCGCCCGCCUGGUGGCCCAGGUCUGCAAGAACUUCAGCACCACCACCAACAACAUCCAGUCCCGCAUCACCAAGACCUUCACCAAGAGCUGGGUGGACGAGAAGACGCCCUGGACCACGCGCUACGGCUCCAUCGCGGGGCUGGCCGAGCUGGGCCAUGACGUCAUCAAGACGCUGAUCCUGCCCCGGCUGCAAGUGGAGGGCGAGCGGGUGCGGAGCAUCCUGGAGGGCCCCGUCGUCAGCAACAUCGACAAGAUCGGGGCCGACCACGUCCAGACCCUGCUUCUGAAACACUGCGCCCCGGUGCUGGCCAAGAUCAGUCCGCCCCCGGACAACCAGCACUCCUACAAGCGAGCGGAACACGUCAACCGCACCAUGCUGACCAUCACCCAGCCGCGCCCCACGUUGACGCUGUCACAGGCGCCCCAGGGCCAGGCGGGUCCCCCGCGUCCCCCCAGCAUCAUCAAGGUGCCCAGCGCCAUCACGCUGCCCGUGCAGACCCUGGUGUCGGGGCGCCCGGGGACCCCCACGCAGCCCUCGCCGCCCCCCACCAAGUUCAUCGUCAUGUCCUCGGCCUCGGGGACCAGCGCGUCCCAGCAGCUGUCCCCGUCGGCCACUGCUGCCACCAAGCCCGAGGACAGUCCCCAGGCGACCUCGGCGCCCUUCGGCAAGGCCAACGGGGCCACCGUGCCCCAGUCCCCCCAGGCCACCCAGUGA